AUGUCAGCAUGUGCUCGAUAUCAGUCCUCGAAUUACUUACAGAAUACCACCUCUCACACAACAGCAUUACCGUGCCUGCCAACCACAACAUUCUUCCACAGCUUCGUGCUGGUGAAUGUGCACCAGAAUAUCGUCAACGUAGAAGAAGAUGAUUGCUUAUUCUCCUACAACCAGACCCAAGAUUGCUCGUCUUGUAUCAGUUAUGGCAAAACAUGUCAUCAUCUUCUUUUACGUCGACGAUAUUCCUGUGCCCAUUCACCAGAUACGGACGUUGCCUCAGUAUAUCGUCGUCUAGUACCAUGGUUCUGUGACCUAGGAUUGGGCAGAUCAAUUUCUACACGGUUGUCGACAUCACACUCAAGAGCCUUCAUAAAGCCCAGGAAGAUGCUUCACUUGUGUAAAGUCCCUUGUAAGUGGAUAGCCAACACCUUCGCCACAACCCCAGCCACAAUCCCCAUCCAAACAACAAAGAACCCAAGAUCAAACCACGCCUUCCUCAUGCCCUCCCUCUUUGCCCGUUCCAUAUCCCCACUCGCCCUCAUCGACGUCCCCCAGCCAUCAGCUGCCAUGGUCAGCAUGCUGUAA